AUGUAUGUAAUCCGGCUGCGGCGUCAGGUUCUGACGGAGAAAGAGGCGCUGGUUGCAUUGAGUGGGGGAGGUCGCUCCGUGCACCCGAGUGUUGUUCACUUACGGCGCACGUAUCAGACAGCAGACAGCCUGUACUUCGUGCUGCGCUACGCAGGGGCAGCGACGCUGCGGGAUGUGCUGCGGAGGCUCAGCUGCGCGGGCCUCAGUUUGUCUGUGGGGGCUGCAAGACUUUGGGCGGCGGAGGCUGCGGCUGCCCUCGCUGCUAUGCGGGGAAGAGGAGUACUCCAUAGAGAUAUUCGACCUGAAAAUAUUGUUGUCAACCACGACGGCCACCUCACGCUCGUCGACUUCGACUCCGCUCUCUGUCUCGCCAAGGCGGAACAGCAGAAACAGCAGCAGCAGCAGCAACAACAACAACAACACCAGCGGCAGCAGAAGCAACAGCAACAGCACCAGCAGCAGCAGCAGCAGCAGCAACAGCAGCAACAGCAACAGCAGCAACAGCUUAGGGGAGGAGAUACAAACUGGCACCGUGUGCAGCAGCACCAACAAAUGAUGUACCGGCAACACGUACAGGGGGCCGAGAGGCUAAUGAUGUCCGGUUCGUCUUCGGAGUUUUUCUACUCAAGCAGCAGCUGUAACAGCAGCAGUAGCAGCAGCACCAGCAUCAGCCGAAGCAGCAGAAACAGGUGUGAGAGUGAGCCCGGCCGCUUACGGGACGAUUUGGAGUCUCUCUGUAGUUGGCAAAGGAGCGCUGUGAAGUAUCCGUAUGCGGGAACGGCUGCCUACGCUCCUCCAGAAUUGUUUGUUUCUCUGGACGCAGAAGGGGAGGAAGCGGCGCAGCAGCAGUUCGGCUGCGGCUUCGGAACAGACUGCUGGUCUUUGGGCUGUGUGGUGCACGAGCUGCUGCUGGGCGAACCCCCGUUCAACGGCCAUUCGACUCCAGCCCUCGCCCGAGCUGUGUGUGAAGAGCAAGAGCUGCCUCUGCCUGAGCAGCUGCCUGUUGCUGCAGCAGACCUCAUACGACGGCUGCUCCGCCCGAAGGAGGAGGACCGACUUGGUUCGAGGGACCUGAGCGAGCUUCUUGAACACCCGUUUUUCAACGGAAUCGAUUGUAUGGCUCUGCACUAUCAUCCCCUGCCUCUAGACGUAAUGCAGUAUGCCUUCGCUUUUCAGGGAGCCUGGAAUGCCGGUGGAGCAGCAGGAGCUGCUGCAGCUGUAGGCUGUGGGGUUGCCGCGUCUGGUGGAGACGAAACGGAUACAGCAGCAGCUGCAGUGACAGCAGCAGUAGCAGCAGCAGUGUCUGCUGCUGCACUGGAUGCUGAGCUCACGCCUUCUAUAGGUUGCCCCUUUUCCCCGCUAAAGUCCGCAGCAGCGGAUGCUGCACAUGUAUGCGUUUGCAGCGACAGCAGCAAGACCUGCAUGUGCUGCGGAGGGGACCCUGACGCAAUCCCCAUCUCUCCAGGGCGGAGCGGCAGCAGCAGUAGCACAGGGGAUGCUGCAUUUGCCGCACUACCCGCCUCUCGCAAGUGGAAGCGGACGAGCAGCGGGUGUUUCACGGAUGGUACAGGUACUCAAGAACAGCCAGUGAAUGGUUUGCGGGAGGAAUCUGAGGUUAUGUCUUUACAGUCGGAGUCCACAGAAGAACUCCGUGGAGCCUGCCGCCGCUCUGUCACUGAUGCAGUUCUCGGCUGGGGCCCUCCUUUGCGGCUUUGGCCUGUCUCCAGUGCAGACGAUUCCGAUGCUGAAAGUGAUGGCUUCGUUCGAAAACUACCAGGAGCAGCAGCUUGGUAUGGGAGCCAUGCAGGUGUUGAAGGCUCUGUGCUGGCCGCAGCUGUUGCAGGGGGCAACGUGCCACCACCUGAGACCUUGCAAACAUCUGCGCUAACCUCUGCAAACUUCAGAGAUAGUCAAUGGCGUCGAAGAGGGCCUUUCGUCGCCUCCCAAGAUGCCCCGUCUUGCGUGGCUAAGUGUUUGCAGAAGGGGGAGAAGCUCCAGUACCACGGCGUCCUCCUGCGAAUGAGGGGUGAGGAGGCGAGAUUGCGCGCGUCUGCGCCGUGA